AUGGACUUGUCUCAAGACACUGACGACUUGCUCGCCAAUUUCCCCCAGUGGGCCGCCUUGAGACACGCUCUCGCUGAGAACGACAAGGAUCCGCAGCUCUGGGGCGAGCUGGUGUCCUAUGUCGAGGGCCUGGUGGCCACUCAGCUCAACACGCUCAAGACGAACCCCCAGCUGUCCGAACUGCUCGCGGACGAUUUCCGCGGGCUUCUGGCACGGUUCCCGUACCUGACGGAGUUCUGGAAACGGUUUGUGGCCAUUGAGUACUCGAUUGAGGGCCUUGGUGGCUCGGUGGCCAUUCUGGAAGAGGCGGUCGCCAGCUUCCCCAGUUCCUGCGAGCUGUGGGUCGACUACCUCAACGUUGUGAUAUCAAACAACCUCAGGGACGAGCCAGAUGUGCGUGACCUAUUUAAACGGGCCGUUGCGCACGUCGGACGACAGUUUAUGUCCCACCCUGUUUGGGACUUGUAUCUGGACUGGGAGGCCAAACAUGCGGGAGUUACGUCUUUGGAGUACGUCCAGAUCCUGCUACAGGUGGUUCAGUAUCCACUUCAUCAGUACGCGCGCUAUUUCGAGUCUCUGUACGAGAUCACCUCGAACUUCACUAUCGAGGACCUUAUUCCAGCAGAAAAACUGCAUUCUCUCCUAGAAUCGAGUUAUCCUGGCAAAAAUCUCGAAGACCUUGAUGCGGAUCAGGUGAAGAACAUAAGCGACGCCUACUUCAACGAGAUAUUCACCUCCUGCUACACUCGCGUCACAGAAAGGUGGGAAUACGAAAGCCAGCUGACCAAGCAGAACUUCGACCUGCUGCCUGUUUCUGACGAGGACAUGGCGCGCUGGAUCAGGUAUCUGGACUUUGAGGAGUCGCGGGGCGAUGUUGAGCAAACCAAAAGCUUGUAUGAGCGGGCACUGGUGCCCACUUGCUCGUAUGAAACCAUCUGGCUUAAGUAUCUGCGCUAUCUCAUUCGCCACAACCAGGACACAGAGUACAUCGUGUCGCAGUUCAACAAGGGCUGCGACGUCUUUGUCAGCGCCGACCAGCCUUCCAUAAGGUACAUGUAUGCCAAGUUCUAUGAAUUAAAGCUGGAAGACCACGAAAAGGCUCGUCAGAUAUAUAUCAGCAUGAUCGCCGCGCAUCCUACGGAAGCUUAUCCGAUUGCCCGCUAUGUGCGUUAUCUGUGUGGGAAGCUCGGCGAUGAGUCAACUUUCCGACAGCUGCUGAAGGUGCUGGACGUGUACACGGGCAAGACGGCGGACGAGCUGGACGCAGACUUUGGCGAGCUGCGGUCGGUGCUGAACAUGUGGAAUGCUGCGAAUCUGGUGGUCGAGGCGGCGCGAAUACAGUGGCUCCGACGGAGAGACGCCAAGGCCGCGCGUGACGUGCUAUUUGCGUACUACAAAACAGAGCUGGUUCGGUGCUCUGUUGCGUUUUGGACGUUUUUCUUCAAGUUUGAGCUCGCCCAUAAAAACACCAAAAACCUCGCCAACAUCGUCAACUAUGUCAAAUACUACGGUCAGCUGCCCACUGCCUGCAUUAACCAGCUACUCGACGAGUACCGCGAGCAUCUAUUCAGAACCGGUGGUCUGGAGCAGCUGCAGCCGAACCGCGAGCUCGUCCGGCUCAUUCUCGAGACAGAUAUCGAGUCUUCGACACACAUGAAACAUUUCCUCAAAGCACGGCUCAGCGCAAACCGCGACGAGGACCCGGUCAACAAGCGGCUGGUCAAGGAGAACGGCCACCCGGGCGUCGUUUCGGAGUACCGUCCGCGGCUGGUCAACCCUGUCGAUUUCGACGCGUCGAUCUUGGCGCAGCGCGACGCAGCGCAGAUGCCACGGUUCACCAACGUCGAGCGUGCCACCAUGCCGCUAAAGUAUCUACAGAUGGACGAAACGAGCUAA